GAGCGUCGUCUGUAACGCACGCGUCUUCGCUGCCGCAGGUCUGCCGACACGCAGCAUGUCAACGAGCGCCGUUCCAACGCUGUCGUCGUCGUCGUCGUCGAUGGCAACCACGACGACGACGACACCCCCGCACGCGGCGACGAUGACGCAGCCGGGCCGCGACGACACCAGCGACCUGUCGGACAUCUUCAUCAACCCGCCCGUGUUGAGGCAGAAGCAGACGGACUCGUCGCCGCGGGCGACCGCAUCCCAGCAGCAGCAGGGGGCGCCGCAGCCUCCGCCGCCGCGCAGCGUGCUGACGCAGCGUAACUCCUACACGGAGGGCGUGACCAACCGCGCCCCGCGCCCCUCCCCCGUCAUCGCCUCCGACGUGAAGCUGACGACGACCAUCGAGAAGGAGGGGGAGAAGCCGGCGCCCUCCCCCGGCGUCGGGGAGAAGCCGAGACCGAUCUCGAUCCUCGCGACGAAGCAGAGUUCUGUACGACGCAACAGCAACUGCAGCGACAACGUCGAUAAGAAGGAUCCGUUGACGGACCCUCUCACAGCGCUGGUCAAGGAGCAGGGGGGCGGCUCGAAGAGAAACGCUCUGCUGAAGUGGUGUCAGAAGAUCACAACUAGCUACGCGGGAGUAGACAUCACGAACUUCAGCAGCAGCUGGAACGAUGGUCUAGCAUUCUGUGCGAUCUUGCACCGCUACCUGUCAGACAAGGUUCCAUACAGCGCACUGACGAGCCAGGACAAGAGGAAGAACUUCACGCUGGCGUUUGCUGCGGCGGAGAGCGUUGGCAUCGCGCCAGCUCUCAACAUCAACGACAUGGUAGCGAUCGAGCGACCUCACUGGCAGGGGGUCAUGGACUACGUCACCGCCAUCUAUAAACACUUCGAGGCGUCGUCGUAGGCGGCGGUGUUCAGCGUUUUCAAUGUUCGACGUUGUUUUUUCGAUUUUCGCGAACUUUCGGCGGCGAUUCUAUAAUCGAGAGGUGCAUCCUAGGCAGCGGCGGCCAUUGCUACGCGCGUGCGGUAACGCGCACUCCGCAUUUCGGCAGACGCGCGUUCGCGGGUGAGCAACUGUAGGUGCGGCCGCCGCGCACAUUUGUUUCGCUUAUUUACCCUUAAUUCGGCGAGGCUAGAAGAGGAGCGAGAACGUCGCAUGCACGUAGAGGGAGCCACUGUCGCCGUAUCACGAUAAAUGGCGACCGGCGCGGCGAUUUCGGUGGAUUUAUGCGUUGGAAAAAACGCGCUCGGUGCUCGCUCGUGCGGCGCGGUGGAGCUGAAGGGGCAUUCUAGUCAGAAUUCACGCGACCGCAUCCCGCCGCGACCUGACCCCGACGAAGCAGCGAGGUCGGCGGCGCCGCGGCCGCCACGGCAACGAACGCAGUCUGGCGAAGUACGCGAGAGACGAUCGCAUGGCGGUGGAAGGCUCGGUCUGGAUGCGUCCGGGGGAGGAGGGAGACAGCAUUAGUUAGACGUGGUUUGCUGCUUUACGACUGCUUGUGUGUACAGCAUAAAUAGACGAGUGAGAGUGAGACGUGGGUAGAUUACUGUGUAAAUACGGCAUCGAUUAAAAUAAAUAUGUUCAUUUAAAACGUUACGAAGAAA